AUGACGGGACCAAUGUUGACAUCUCGUAGCAUGAAACUACCACAAGUAGAGAGUUGCCCUGAGAAGUCAUCGACUGUUUUAACACCAACAAAGAAGACCCUCACAAAAAAUAGUGUAUCAACUGAUAGCGCUAGCAGUCAAGAAUCAUUAGCCACACCACCUGCUUCGUCUCCGCUAGAUACUACCAGUUCUUGCAGCCGCGAAGCAAGAAAUAAGGAUGACGAGGACGAUGAGGACGAUGAAAUCCUAGAAGUUACUCUUAGUGAUAUCGAAAGUGAGAAGACCAAAGCACAUAAUAAUAAACUAGAAGCUUUCGAAGACGAAAAUAUCGAGAGAAGAAAUCAGCACAUCGCAAAUGAGCAAGAUGAAGAACUCGCUGGUGAUAAGCUCUCGGCAACCCAACAGACGCCCGAUGAUGGUGGUGACGAUCAUGAUGAUGAAGCACCAAACAAGUUGACAAAGAAAGAAAAAGUAAAGCUAGAGAAUAGACUCAAAAGAGAAACCGAGUCCAAGGUCAGAGAAGAGAAGAAAAAGAAAGAACAAGAAGAAAAGGAACAAAGAAAAAGAGAGCGUGAAGCAAAAGCCGAAUUAAAGAAAAGGCAAAAGGAAGAGAGAGAUGCUGAAAAGAAAAGGGAAAAGGAGGCUAGGGAUGCUGAAAGAAAGAGAAAGUUGGGAGAAAAAGAAGCUGAGAAAAAAAGAAAAUCGGAGGAGAGAGAACUUGAAAAGAAAAGAAAAUUGGAAGAAAAAGAAGCUGAAAAGGAAGCCAAAAGAGUUAAAAUUGCUGAAAAAGAAUCGAAAAAAAAGGGGAAUACACCUGGUCAAACCAAACUUUCGAGCUUCUUUAUGGUAAAAAAGAAACUUCCAAGAGAUGAGUCAACUAAUGAUGCAGGCGUUAUCUCACAGGUUGAUGGUAAUGAUUACCAGAAUUUUUUCUUUAAUUUCUUUGUUAAAGAGAAUGCUUCACUUGCUUGCUCAGGGCAUCUUGAAAAAGAUGAGUUACUAAAAUCAAAAGACGUGUUUGAUUCAUAUUUCAGCGGCAAUGAAAGUGCAUCAGACUCUGUUAGUGACUGGUUAAAGAAUGAUAGCUGUUGUCGAGGAUUUGAACCUAAGACUACCGCCGAGCAAGUUGUGGAUGCUAUCAAUGAAUCAAUGAGUGAGGGACAAAUUAUUGGGAUGCUUGUACUGAUCCCUUUGAAAUACUUAAAAUUUUAUGAAACUAUCAAGCCAGCUUAUUUGGGCACAUGGUCAAAAAUAAAUAAAACCCUGGCCAGUGAUCCGUUUUUCAAGUUUGAUAAUAUUGAUUAUGACUAUGAUAGUGAUUUUGAACUAGGCGAGGAAGAAGAAGAUGGUGAAGAAGUUGAUAGUGAUGGUGAGGAGGAGGACGAAGUUGGAAAUGAGGAAGAUGAAGAAUUUGCAGGAUUUGUGGAUGACGACAGUGCGCAGACACAGAAGAGGGUUCAGUUUAAAGGACAAUUGUCGCCAUCUGUGGUUAUCAAUAACGGCUAUGAAUUUCCAGAAAUGCAGGCAAGUAUAUUAUUGAAAGAAGUAAACCUGGGUAUUGAUCCAUUCAAAAAUUACUGGGGCAAGAGUCCUACUAGUGUGGUGGAAGUUCCUACCAAUUCCCGGGUUCCAGUCAAGAGCGUUACUAUUUCUACAUCAAGCGCCACGAAAAUCAACACUCUUACAGUGAAGAGAAAGCCCAUCGUGGACAAUCCUGAUGAUAUAAGGGGUAUUGUGAAGUUCAUUCUCUCCAACAAAGAGAUGAAGAAUUGGACCGUGCCUACGAUGGUAGAUAUGGUUCACCAGCAGUUUACCAAAUAUAGCAAGGCAAAGAUAAAAGGUACUAUCCAGAAAGUUUCCUCCAAAAAGCUGAAUUCAGGAUGGGUCAUCAACGAAGAGUUUAUGAAACUUGUAUAG